AUGGAGAGUGACUGGACUCAGAUUAGAGAAAAUAUAUCAGCUGCAAUUGAUGCCAAAGUUGCUCCCUUAAAAGAAGAGCUAGGAAAGAACCAAGAACUCCUCGAUCGUUUAGCAGGUAUCAUAAACAACAUGUCACAUGCCCCAGCCAAAGUUGGAGCUAAAACUUCCCCUAAGCCAGCUAAUAAAGCCCACGCUGUUCAUGAAGAAGCCAAGGUUACAAAAACCAUCACAAAGACUGUAAAAACAAAUGGAAAACCUAACGAUAAGAGCAAAGAACACGUGGAAGCUGCAUCUAAGCCUGCUGACAAUGCUGGAUCUGAAGAAAAGCCACAUGAAGAAGAGCACGUCGAAGAUGCCCAUGAAGCUGAAGCUUCUGAAAGCAAACAAGAGCCUGCAGAGCCAGCUGAAGCUUCAGAAGAGUCUAAACCAGCUGAACCUGAAGCAUAA